CUCAUGUUACCGGCAGGCUGCUGCUGCUGCUGCUGCUGCUACUGUUACUGUUGCUGCUGCUGCUGCCGGCACCAAGUCCCAGACUACUGCAGAGCCUGUCUGCCCCAGAGCCCUGUGCGCUCAACAGAUGAGUCACACGCCUGGGCUCUCAGUGGCGGGGAGGAUGGAAUUUGAACUCUCCUGAGCCACUGGAGGGGAACCCUGCCCCGCUCCCCGGCCCAGCCGAGCCCCAUGGCCAGCCAGGGAGGCCGAGGGAGCAGCAGCAAGCCCCAGGGCUUGGGAGGCCAGCCCCAUCUCCAGGCCUUUGCAAACCCACUCAUGAGUGAUUUUGUGUCGGACUGGUCUCCCAUGCAUGAUGCUGCUGUUAAUGGACGUCUCCUUUCUCUCAGGAUGCUCAUCAGUCAGGGAUAUGGCGUAAACCUCGUUACAGCUGACCGAGUGUCUCCACUUCAUGAAGCUUGCCUAGGGGGCCACUCGACUUGUGCUGGUGUCCUGUUGAAACAUGGGGCUCAGGUGGAUGGAGUGACUGUCGAUUGGCACACACCUCUGUACAAUGCCUGUAUUAGUGGAAGUCAGGACUGUGUGAACUUACUAUUAGAACAUGGAGCAAGUCCCCACCCUGUGUGUGAACUUGCAUCUCCCAUCCAUGAAGCUGCCAAAAGAGGUCACCUGGACUGUGUGGAAUCCCUUGUAUCUCAUGGAGCAAAUAUUAAUGAAAAUAUCAGACACCUUGGCACUCCACUUUAUGUGGCAUGUGAAAACCAGCAGAUAGCCUGUGCCAAGAGGCUACUUGAAUCAGUCAAGACCCAGUUGGAGUCCCACCUUCCCUGUGGAUACCUCCCUAACUGCUCCAUCGAGGCUCCUUCCCCGGACUCCUGUAGCACUUAUGGAGCAAAUGUGAAUCAAGGCAAAGAGCUGGAUUCUCCUCUUCAUGUGGCUGCCAGGAACUCCAGUUUAGACCUGGUUCAUUUGCUGAUAGACUUUGGAGCACAGCCACACUCAAAGAAUGCAGAAGGCAAACGGCCAGUGGAUUUGGUUCCCCCGAAUAGCACCCUAGCACAAGUAUUCUCCCAGAAAGAAGGGCCCCUGUCUUUGAUGCAGAUUUGCCGACUACGCAUUAGGAAGUGCUUUGGAAUCAAACAGCAUCAUAGAAUAAGUGAACUACUUCUUCCCGAAGAGCUGAAACGAUUUCUCUUACACAUUUAAACACGUUCUUGUUUUCCUAACUGAGAGGCAAACACCUUAGCAUAUUGCAGUCAUCCUUUUAAAAAAGAAGAAGAAGAAGAAGAAGAAGAGUGUGGGUUAACUAGUGCUGUGGUUAUUUUUGUGCCUUGUAUUUCCAGAAUAAAGUUGGGUUACAUUGGA